AUGAAGACAGUUCACACAGCAAUCUGCAGCAUCUUGGCGAUACUAGUCAGCCAAGGCAGGGCCAUUUCCGACAUUCUCACCCUCCCUACCACCGGCGAUGCGUACAUUGAGGAGGCCCGCGCCACGCUUGUUCUGCCUAAACUCCCUGACUCCGUGAAGGGAGAUCUCGCCAUACGGAGUGGUAUCAUGAUGAACGACAAGGAGACCUUUAUCCAAGGGGUCGCCUCGAACUCUGCUACCGGAUCCUAUUGCAACGAUGGAGGGAAAAAGUGGUGCACCUUUGCCUACACUAUGACCGACAAGCUCAACUCAAAAACCCAGAUUUGGACGCAAAACGUCUAUGUUGACGGGAAAAUCAGUUCUUCCGACACUAACAGCAAGGGGCAAGUCGGAAACGCCUUCUACCUCUCAAUCUUGUGCGCAGACGGCAAUGCCUGCGCCGAACUCCCGGCACACAGUUGGAAAGAUGUCUCCGUGGUGCUUAACAAGGCCGACAAGGAUUUUGGGCGUAGUAAAGCAUUGAAUUUCGGUGCUACUGGAGGGGACAUGACUACCACCGACGGCGGAAAGACGUGGAAGUUUGAGACUAUCAAAGUGCCCGCUCAGAAAGCCAGUUGA